AUGAGCGAAAUAUAUUUUCCAACUCAACUACAACAUCCCCAGCCUCAGUCACGGUCAUCAAUCCGUUUCUUUAACAUAUUAUACAGCGCUUACACAAUCGCAAAAAUAGGCUGCAUAAUUGGGGUCUUAUCAGCUGACGGCUCCAAAUGCCCUGGCUUAUUGUAUGUAUACUUGCUUAUUCUUGCUGCCACUGAAGUAUACGAGCUGGUAUUUUUUUUACUACUUUCCCUACACCGUUACUGCAUGCAUGUAAAUAUCUCGUCCUUCUUUAUACGCACUGGGCAAAUAAGUUAUGAAUGGUAUGAAAUAUUUAGUUUCCGACUCCUAAUUACAGCUGCACUUGCAGCCGAAGUUUACAAAGAACCAUCUGUUAUCCGCUAUGCGUCAGGGAUAUUUUCUUUGAUUCUUAUAAUGACUGGAUUUUUAAAGUAAGGAUCCCCCCCCUCAUAUAUCCAAUUUUUUUAGUCUUUUAUCAUUUGUCCAUUUUUCUAGUUGUUUUUUUAUAGGAAAAAAAAAUUCUUUUUAAGAACUCAUUUGUCGAAUUUUAUAGUCAAAAUUUUGAUAGAAAAUUUUGUUUUCAAGACCUCAAUUGUCUCAUUUUCUAAUUUUUUUAAAGUAAAAAACUAAAAUUUUAGGACAUUCGAAAAAAUCCAAAAAAGACUAGAAAAUGGGACAAAUCAUUUUUGACUAGGUUUUAGGACAAAUAAGGUCCUGAAAAAAUUUUUUAUCUUAUAAAAAAAACUAGAAAAUUGGACAAAUGAGGGGGGGAUCCUUAUGUAAUCAUUGUGCUUAUUGGGAUUCCCUAUUUGUUUUUUUAUAGGAGAAUCUUUGAUGAAAGCAAUAAUUCAAGAUUACAAACGGUAGAUGGUACUCAUGUAUCAGAGCAUGAAUUAGAUGAGUACAUUGGCCCAAUGCCUCAAGGAGAGAUAUGCUCUAUUUGUUAUGAAGAAACCAACUCAAGCUCACCAUGGAUAGUGCUUAGAUGUAAGCAUGGAUUUCAUCGCCACUGUUUAAAAUAUUGGGUUCUUAUCAAAGGAUCAUGCCCAGUAUGUAGAACUCCAAUAAAAGAAGAUUAG